GCCUUUUGACGAUUUUUGAAUUUUGCCCCAACGCUCCUGUGAGUUAAGACAUUCCCGAUGAUCGUUCUUCGAUCUACAGUGAUAGCCGCCUUGGCUUCGACAACCUUGGCUGUCACUUCUAUCAGCGACGAUGUCAUGACCAGCUAUCUGAACAACGGCGCCGUCGACCUCGCCUAUAUGUAUGCGCCUAUGUGGUUCUUUGGACAGGCGUUGGACGAGCCUCCCUGCUAUCCAGUAUGGGCUUUCAGUGGCAACGUAUCAACGCCGGAUAUCUAUGAUGCAGCACAUAAGACCCCUCCGGCACCCCAAUGCGAAUAUCCGGACAUGGGAUGUGGUUGCCGUCAGCCUGAUGUGCCUAUUGGAAAUCCUGGACCGGCAUUUCCAAUCUACUACACUUUUCAGCAGUGUAAUGCGACCGAAGUCCGAGUCGUAUAUAACCUGUUUUAUCAGAAAGAUGGUGCCGAAGUGGUUGGUGUCAUCGAUACAGGCCAUGACUAUGACUGGGAACGAGUAAUCAUUAUUCAUUCCAAGAACACGGCCGACAACACCUGGGCACCGAGUCGAGCAUUGCUUUCCGCUCACAGUGGAUAUCAUGAUUUGGCCUGGGGCGAUAUCCAGAACACCUUGACCACAGACCAAGUCAACGUUGGCGAUGCAAUCAAUCCCAAUGGCGUCAAAGGUAACGAUCACCCUAAGGUGUAUGUGUCGUGGUCCAAGCACGCCAAUUUCGAUACGCGGAACACUGGGUGGAACGAUCCUAUCAGUCAGUCUACCGACAAUGCAUUCCGAAGUGAGGAUUGGUGGCACUUUGUCGAUGCACAAUAUUAUAUCCGCUCAGAUAGCUCCACAGCAGCCGGCCAAGCUUUGGGAUCUGUGGAUUGGGGCAGCGCUAGUAGCAACCCUCCAUCUGUUCAAAACUCCCUUUGUACGCAGCAAACUUUGAUGGAGGCAGCUGCAAACAACAGUUAGGCUAGAGAUUGGAUAGUCGGGUGGUCCGUGUAUAUAGGAUGGUUGAAUAUAUGCGUCGAUUAUAAGCC